AUUUUGUACAUGAAAAAUGAUUUACAACAUAGUUCAGGUUUAUGUAAUUUUUCCCCAAAAAAAAAGAAAAAGAGUUCGGGUUGAUAUCCACUAAACCCUGCCCAUUCUCGUUCUACCGCCAAGCAGAGCAAAACCCCUAGCAAACACAAGUUGAAGAAGCUUUUUCUAGCUUACCAGUGCAGACACACGAGAAAGAAAGCGAGAGGGAGGGAGACAGUAUAAUUUUGGAGAAAUGGUGUUAGGGUUGAGACUAUUCACGGAGAGAGGGGGAGGCGGUGCCGGAGAACCUGUCCUCGAUGCUGAAAACGGCGAGGAUCUCGUGCACGUGCAGCCUGGUGUCUCCAUUGUUAUCGGCAAUCGACCUCCAGAGUCUCCUGGAACUCUUUACAUCUCCACCAAGAAAGUGGUGUGGUUGAGCGAUGUGGACCGGGCUAAAGGUUACGCGGUUGAUUUCUUGUCACUUUCAUUGCACGCAGUGUCAAGGGACCCUGAGGCAUAUCCGUCUCCUUGCAUAUAUACUCAGAUUGAGACUGAAGCUGAUGAAGACGAGUCAGAGGGUUCAGACUCAGAGUGUAAUGACGUAGUAGACUUAUCAAAGAUCACAGAGAUGAGGCUGGUUCCGUCAGACCCUAUCGAAUUGGAUACUUUGUUCGAGAUAUUUUGUGAAUGUGCAGAGCUCAAUCCUGAACCUGUCGAAGGGGAAGGCGAAGAGCACAAUUGGAUCUUUAGUGCUGAUCAGAUGGAAGAUGAGGUUACAGAGGGAGAAGAACCUGACUGGAAUUUUGCUCAGAAUCCCACCAACACAAUUGGUUAUUCAAAUGGGGACCAUGACUUAGCUCGGACAGUGCUUGAGCUACAAAUCAAUGAUCGGCGCUUCGAGGAUGCAGAAGAGAUGGAGCAAGGUAAUCAGAGUGGCAGUGGCCAUCAAUGAGCUCCAAUGACCAAUCUGAUCCUCUUUGCCAGUGUCUCCUGUGUUAUACAUCUUCUCUCCUAAGCUGUUGGUCUGUUUCCUUGUGUGCGUGUGUUUUUUUUAAAUGCUUUAGGAGUCCUCUUGUGUAUUUAGAGGUUCUUUUUUCUUAGCAACAGCACUGUCAAACUUCUCCAAAGUUAAUAGGAUUAGGAUUACAAUAUGGAGAUGAAUGAGCUGACAUCAAUUGGGGAAAGCUCUUUAUGUGAGAUAGUUGAAAAUUUUUGAGCCCCAGUGGAAUAGCUUUCUUUGUGAUCUAGUACCCAUGGGCUUUUUGAGUAGGGCGCAUGGUGUUUCUUUUUAUCCUUUUUAAAUUUACAGAGUAAACACAAAGACCUUUGGGCUUCAUGGUGCAUGGAGGAUCAUCAUUUU